AUGUAUUCUCCAGAUAUGGUUCAUCCGUUUGAAACUGAUUCCGGGAGAAAAGUGAGAAAAUUUGACGUUUUUUUUCCUUAUUGUUACAUUGUUCAGUCCAAAAAUGAAGUGCAUUCUGGAGGAAUGGGAUGGCCAAAAGCUUCAUUAUUUUUGAUUGGUCAUUCUGCUGGAGCUGGAAUGUUGGCAAUGCCAAUGGCCUUUUCUGUUAUGGGAGUUGAAAUCGGUACACUUUUGACUAUAGUUUGUGCGGGGUUCUCAUUAAAUACUGGUCUACAAUUAGGAUGGAUGUGGUUGAUGUUGCAGGAAAUAUGGCCUGAAUAUCGGAAAUUAUGCCAAAAUCCAUAUGGUGCUAUUGCAUUACGUUCCUAUGGACCUAUUGCUCGACACGCAAUAGAAAUAAUGGUAUGCUUCUCGGAACUAGGAUAUACCGUUGUUCUCUUACUCCUUGCCGCCAAAAAUGCAUCCGUCCUCUUUCAUUUUUUCCUAGCAAUGGAUAUCAGUCAGUGUUAUCUGAUUGUCAUUGUCGCUGUCCUUGUCUGGCCAUCAAUAAUGCUUCGAAGUCCUGAAAACUUCUGGCAAAUCGCAUGGAUUUCUACUGCUUCCAGCUGGGCUGCAGUGGUUCUGAUAGUGAUUGGAGUGAUUCAGGACGCUCCUGUUUGCAGUAAAGAUGUACCUCAUGAGCCUGCUAGUGUAUUCAAAGCGUUUAUGUCUUAUGGAUCUAUGGUUUUCGCAUAUGCAGCUCAUCCAUCGUUUCCAACUUGUCAGCAUGAUAUGAAACAUCCAUCCCAAUUUUCUUAUUCUUUGAUGCUCACAUGGGGAAUCAUUUCAGUAUAUUAUAUGGUUGUAUCUUAUCUAGGCUACUUUGUAUACGGUAGCUCAAUUGGAGAUUCAAUUAUAUCGUCUAUCCAAAAUACCACUUUUCAGCAAUUGAUUAAUCUAAUGUUCGCAAUCCACGUGGCAUCUACAAUAGUAAUUGCUUCUUCACCAGCUUUUCAGAUAACUCUGGUUUUUUUCCUAGUUACCUUGACAGCUCUCACAUUCCCACAUUUUGGACCAAUGAUAAAUUUGCUCGGUGCCUCUGUGAAUUCUCUGAUUGCAAUGAUUCUACCAUCCGCAUUCUACUUGUCAUUGAGGGCUUUCAGAGAGAAAUGGAAAUUGAAUAAAAAGAGGACGGAGCUCCCGAGUUUCAAAGAAAUUUUCCAAACAACACCCAAGCAUAUUCUGAUUUUCAACAUAGUUUCCAUGACGUUUGGUCUACUGGCAGCCAUCAUUUCCACGAUAUCAGCCAUUCGAACAUUUUUAGAUUCUUCUCUGCCUCCUCCAUGCUACAUUCAAUAUUUCCAGUCUGGUCUCUCAUUUUCAGCUCCGAAUGGAACUAUUGGUUGUUGUGGAACUUAUCGAAAUCUAACAUCCGAGUUAGAUCCAAACGGAUUUUGCUCUUUUAGAAAUUUUAAAAAGAUCAAGGAAACCAGAUGUUCCGUAUGCUCACCGAUGACUUGA